UUUUUUCUUUUUUUUUUUUUUGUUUGCUAUCAUUAGAUUAGAAUGGUGAUCUUGACACGUGCCUUAGUAUCCAACACUGUUCGAUGGUCUCGUCGCUGUUACUCGAGCGCAUCUUCUGACAUCGUCGUCAAGGCCAUGGUGUAUUCGUCCUACGGCAAGCCUUCCGAGGUCUUACGUUGGCACACGUACAAGCUUCCAGCUUUGACUCCUGGUACGGUGCAUGUCAAGUUUCUAGCGUCGCCUAUCAAUCCUGCAGAUGUAAAUCAAGUGCAGGGUGCUUAUCCAAUCAAGCCUCCUUUUGAGAAAUUGGGUGACACAGAAGCCGCCGUGGGAGGAAACGAAGGUGUUGCUGAAGUGAUUGCAGUGGGUGACAAUGUGAAUUCGCUCAAGGUGGGCGAUCAGGUCGUGAUGACCAAGAAUGGUUACGGUACAUGGCGUACCCAUGCCGCCGGUCCCGCUGAAGAUUUCCAAGCGCUUCCUUCUGCCAAAAACGUCUCUCUCAUUCAAAAAGCGACCAUAAACGUGAACCCUUCCACGGCUUAUCGUAUGCUCAAAGAUUUUGUCCAUCUUCAACCAGGGGAUUUUGUUAUCCAAAAUGGUGGAAAUAGUGCCGUUGGCCAAGCCGUCAUUCAGUUGGCUAAAGCAUGGGGCAUUCAGACCAUCAAUGUGGUCCGUAACAGACCAGAAAUUGACGAGUUACGUCAACAGUUGACCGAUCUUGGCGCUACGUAUGUAGUGACAGACGACAAGUUGGGUCAGCAUGACAUGAAGAGUCAAAUCAAAGAGUGGGUUGGAAAGAAAUCGCCCAUGCUUGGCUUAAACUGUGUGGGCGGCAAGGCGGCUACAGAAAUGGCUCGCUAUUUAGGUGCAAAUGGACAGUUUGUCACUUACGGUGCCAUGGCUCGCGCUCCGUUGGCUCUUCCUGCUUCCAUGCUGAUUUUCAAAAAUAUCUCGUUCCGUGGUUUCUGGAUGUCCAGAUGGUCAGAUGAACACAGUCAAGAAGAGCGUCAAGUGAUGCUGAACGAAUUAAUUGAUCUCAUGGAUAAGGGACAAUUGGCUGAACCUCGGUGGUCCAAAGUAGAAUGGACGGAAGAAGCCAUGAAGUACGCUGUGGACCAAGGCAUCAGCAGUUUCGGCACCGGAAAACAAGUGGUGCUUUUUUAAAGGACAGAAAAUAGGAUUAGACUUGUGUCACCAUUGAUUGUAUCACCACUGAAUAUAUAUUUCCACUCUCUCUCCUGUUCUUG